AUGACGACGCCUACUCAGGAGCCACACGAGGCAUUGGCCGCCGAUACAUUUGACGACAGCGACUCGACUUUCUCAGGCGAUACAAUUUUCCCAACGACGCGUCUGAAAGUGACCGUUUGGGUAGGUUUAUCAGCAGGCCUUAGCCUAUGUUACGUACUGAGUGUUGGUGAAGAUCUUCAGCAUAAUCUCUGGCUACUCACCCUUCAUGGAGAGCUCGGGCUCAGCCCAAAGAUCACGGAGCCUGCCAAGAGGGUCAUGGAUGUUGGAACCGGAACUGGUAUUUGGGCUAUCGAAUAUGCGGAUCUUCACCCCGAAGCGCAGGUCAUUGGUGUAGACCUUAGCCCUAUCCAACCUUCAUUGGUCCCACCGAACUGCGCCUUUGAAAUCGACGAUCUCGAAAAAGAAUGGAUGUGGACAGAACCAUUCGACUUUAUCUUCUGUCGCGUCAUGACAGGAUCCUUCGCCGAUAUGGAGAAAUUCGUCCAAAAUGCCUAUGCUAAUCUUGAACCCGGCGGCUACCUUGAAAUGCAAGACCUAACUUACCCCAUCGCCUGUGAUGAUGGAACCCUGCCCCCAGACUGCGAGGUUCUCCGCUCCGGUCUUCUCAGCAUCGAAGCCAGCGCCAAAGCAGGACGAGCCAUUAAUCUUGCACCUAAGUAUAAGACCUUCCUUGAGAAGGCUGGUUUUGUUGACGUGGUGGAGAAGCAGUUCAAGUGGCCUAUUAACGAGUGGCCCAAGGACAAACACUACAAGGAACUGGGCAGGUGGUCUUAUGCCAAUAUCAAUAAUGGACUGGAGGGUCUAUUGCUUGGAUUGUUUACGAGAUUCUUGGGCUGGAGUGCGGAUGAGGUCCGCGUGUUCUGCAGUGCUAUGAGAAAGCAGCUGCGCGAUCGAAGUAUCCAUGCUUAUAUCCCGGUCUACGUGGUUUACGGAAGAAAACCAUUAGAAGAGCUUGCAAGUAAAGCUUAG